UCAAAGUAACAGUGGGCUGUGGAGCCACUUUGCAUCGCUGGGCAAGGUGGUUGUUUUACUGGACUCGGAGGUCGACAAUGCCAGUCAUCUUCUGGCAGACGUCAGUGCUGUGAAAAGUCUCUGCACUCUUCAGAAGCGCAUCGAGUCCCUUGCGGCUUUCACUGAAGUCUGUUCCAGACAGUCUUCGGGCUUCCUUGCUGCUGCCCCCUGUUGCCCGACCUGGUCCCUUCCAAACCUGAUUGCUAGCAUUGUUGGAAAGUCUGACUGUGAUGAGAUAUCUGCCGCGGAUGUUGAUGACGUACGUCACCUGGUGGUAACCUGUCUACAGUCCUUCCUCUCCGGCCGGCUGAGACGCUCCUGUUGGGAUGACGCCUCUCCGCCCCAAUGGCUCUGUCCAGAUGUUCCCCCGGCGUGCUUUCGUCAUCCUCACCUCAUCAUCCUGCUCGCCACUUCCCUG